AUGACGGAUCUGAUCGAUUUGCGGAUGCAUCAGCACAUUGCACACGAAAUCUACCGCCAGCAAAUGCUGCAACGGAUACCAGAUCCGUUUCCGACGAUGCUGCCGGUUCCGGUGCCAUCGAUGCAUGCGAUGGCGCUACCACCACGCUACUCGCUGCCCGGCGUUGAGCUGAAGCUGCAGAAUAAGGAGCUGUGGCGUGAGUUCCACAAGAUCGGCACGGAAAUGAUCAUCACGAAAAGCGGCCGCCGCAUGUUCCCGUCGAUGCGCCUGACAGUGGAUGGACUGGACGCGGACACGAACUACUGCGUGCUGCUGGAGAUGAUGCCCAUUAGCGACUGCCGGUUUAAGUUCAGCGGUUCCCAGUGGGUGCCGGCGGGUGGUGCCGAACCCCAGAGCCCCCAACGAUUCUGCCUACACCCGGACAGCCCUGCCCUUGGUACACACUGGGCCUCGCAGCCGAUCGUCUUCAACAAAGUGAAGCUCACGAACAACACGCUCGACAACAAUGGUCACGUCGUACUGACCAGCAUGCACAAGUACCAGCCACGGAUUCACAUCAUCCGCACGUCGGACCCGUCCCAGAUCCCUUGGGCCGCUCAGCAGGCGUUCGUUUUCCCGGAAACCGAGUUUGUCGCCGUCACAGCCUACCAGAACGAUCGCAUCACGAAGCUGAAGAUCGAUAACAACCCCUUCGCCAAGGGAUUCCGCGAGACGGGCCAAUCCCGGUGCAAGCGCAAGAUGGGCUGCAAUGCAUCAACGUCAUCCUCAUCGUCCUCCUCGUCCUCCUCGGGUGUGUUAGGACCCGCGAGUGAGGGUGGAAUCGACGGCAAUGGCGUUGGUGGUGGUGGUGCUGGUGGCCACCUGACGGAUGACGAGGAUCGCCACGAACUGCACGAGCUGAUCAAGCGGCCCAGAUCAAACGGAUCACCCGCGUCCGACUGCACCCUGCACGAGGGUGGACCCCCGCUCUACCACCGCCUUCACCAAACCAACCUGCGGCCUUUCCCACCAUCACCCGAGCUGCUGAUGCGCCAGUACAAUCAGAUGUUCAACCCCGGCUGGAUGGAUUUGAUGUUGCCGUACUUCGCGCGCACGCAUCCACCAUACCAUCAGGCGCAUCCACACGCACCACCUCACCAUCACCAUCCCCAUCACCACGGGCAGCCUCCUGGGGGUGCGUUCCUGGGACCUCUAGCGCACAGCGGCAUGUUACCGAGCCACGGACCGCCAGCUCGAGCGCCAAUCGUCUCACCGACCCACUCGAACCCGGACUCGAACCCGGAGCUCGAUCGAUCGUCGGCGUUCGUUGUGCGAACGCCCCAAACGAGUGGCAGUGAUUACGAGGCGUCGACAGAACGACCCCCAGACAGCCCACCCGGGUCGGGAUCACCGAAAUCGACGAUCCUGCGACCGGCCGCCAUUCGUCCUGCGGCGCCAGGAUCAGCUUCACCUAGCCGAGGGGGACCUACGGGGCAACCGGGGCUCGGUGAUCACGGUGGUGGGGGUGAUCAUGGUGGUGGAGGUGAUCCCGCCGGGGGUGAUCCCGAGCGGAAGAUCAACUUCAGCAUCGCUUCCAUACUGCUGCUGUAG